UUAGUAAUUUGGCUUUUUAAAAUUUAAUUAUUGUUAUGAUUAUUAAUAAAAAAUAUCUUCUAAAAGCAUACACAUGCAUUAUGUUUUCAUUUUGUUAUUUGUGCGACUGGUUUACGUUGCUGUGACUUUUUUGUUCGAACAAAAAGGAAGUGACGCAGUAAAUUCGUGGGCGGAGCCUGUGGUCAAAGGGGAAGCCACUAGAGCUUUAUUAGUAUUAGCCAAUGUGUAGCUGCUAAAUGCUGAAACAUAACAAAUAUCCAGCAUCUCUGUUUUGUACGGUCUACUUCUUGGUUCGUUAUUUUCCCGAGAACACAACUCGGUGCUCGGAUUAAGCAAAGGGCCUCGGGAAGAUAAUGACUAACCGUCUUGCCUUCCAAACCCAGUUGGCCUCCAUCAUGGAGGUCCUGGCCAACGCUGCCGUUGCAGAGAUAUGUAAGCUAGUGGACGACGACUACGCCGUUGUUAGUCUUCAGAUGUCUCAGUGCCAGAGAGAAAACAAGGCCCUGAAGAGAAAGCUACAUCUGCUGGAGCUCAAGAUGGCGAGAGGCAACGCCGAGCGGAGGCUGCGGGAUAGCGCCGCUAACAGUGGCGGCAACGGCCGAACCCGGGUACACAUCGGCGGCGGAGACAGGUUCCGAGAGACCGCGGCCCCCACCGGUGGUGUGUUUGACCAACAAGUGGAUGUUGGCUCCUGGUCUGGUAAAGAUGCUGCUACAGGCUGUACAAUUAACCAGGCGAUCCACUCAGAUGACAUGCUGCCCAAAUCUCCCGAUGUGGGGUUAGAGGAGCAUAAGGAGCUGCUGGUGAAAGAGGAGAACGUCGAAGCAAACAAAGUUGAAGAACCGGAGGAAGAUGUGCCGCUCAUAGGAGAUGAUGGUGUGCUGGAGAUUGUCCAUCGAGGAGCCUCUGGACAGAGUGCUAGACCUGGACAGCAGGACAAUCACCCCCAGACCAGCAGGGCCAGGCCUCCCAGUGGCAGCAGCAGAGGAGUGGAGAUUGGGGUGGGGAGAGAUGUGAUGCUGGUGAAGGUGGAGGAUAUGGAGCCGACGGCAGCAACUCACAACCAGCCUGCUCUCAGCAUCCAGGAGGGGUUGGUGGAGUCGAGCACAGAUGACUACAGAGGAGGUCUGCUUAUCGAAGACCCCUCCCAGGCCACCCUGUCGGACCUGCAAGAGUCUGGGGGGGGCUUCACAGAGGUCAGCUAUGGCCAGUCUUCACUGUGGACUAAUGGGGAGGUCAAUUACUGUGAUGAAGAUCGCCUCGCCGGGCCGUCUUCACACUGUGCUUCCCUCUCUUUCUUGUCCGAUCCACCGAUGGAGUCAGAGGAGGGCAGCUCUGCGCGGGGGUUAGCGCAUGACAGCUCAGUAGACCUUGAGGCCUCCUUUGAGCGGCAGCACUGCAUCGUUAUUGAUUUGUCAGAAGACUCCAGUCCCUCUCAGGUGUCAGGUCACACAGAGCAGGAGGGGCUGACGGUCCAGGGUGCCCAUUCAUACGAGGACCCGGGGGGAAGCCAGGGUCAGGGCCGGCACCGCAGUGUUGGUCCAAGGAAGCAGUCAACUCCCAGCAUAUCCGAAGAAACCAUCAGGAUUACAACGGUCCAGCAUGGGUUAGCAGAAGAGAACACACCAACCACGUCCAACACACCACCACCACCACCACCUAAAAUAUCCAAUAGCAGCAGCAGCAGUAGCACACUUUCCUCCGACUACUCCCUGUUUGAGCUGGAGACAUUCUUCACUCGCUGGGCCCCUGAUCCUGACCCUGGACCAGCCGCUGGUGGCGCUUCUUGCACUGACGACGCUGACACUGAGUGCGACCCGGAUGAAGUCACCAUCGUAGAGACGGAACCAUCAACGACUCGUCAGAGGAUGAGUUUGUCCUCUGCGGCUCACAUUCAACCGUCUCUAACACAAGCAGGGGCAUCUGUGUCCGCAACCCUGAGCAUGCAGGUACCGUCUUCCCAGCGUUCUUGGACCAAAGCGGGUGCGAUGAGGAGAAUGCAGGAGCUGCAGCGGAUGCCACGGGGUCACGCAGGUGCAAAAAGAACACUCUCUCUUAGUGCAGUUUCUGCUAAAUCUGGCUCUCACAAUAGUGAUACGUCAAACAUUUUAGGCAUUAGUUCCGCCUCCAGGACUAUGAGCUCUACCAUAGCUUCACAGCCUUCAUCAUCAUCAGUGUUGGCUGGCAUUGAGGCCACCGUAGCAGCCCAGCAGCGAGCACAUUUCCUAGUUCAAAAAAGUCGGGAAGCCAGCAUAAUGCACAGCGAGGGUCGGAGAAGGAGCUUCAUUUGCCGAAUAUGUGGCAAAGCCUUCACUGGUCAGUCGAACCUAGAGGCCCAUGAAAGGGUCCACACGGGGGAGAAGCCUUAUCGCUGUGACACUUGUGGCAAACACUUUUCUGAGGCUGGGAAUCUAAAGAAGCACCAGAGGGUUCACACGGGGGAGAAACCCUUCCGCUGCAACCGGUGCGGCAAGACUUUUGCCUGGAUCUGCAACCUACGGACACACCAGCAGUCUGCCACGGGCUGCAAUCCACAAAUAGGAAGGGGCGGAGGAAUGGGCUGAAGUGAACACUGUGGUGGUUUAUUUGAUGUACAUCCGCUGAUUGACCACCGGGUGCACAAUAACCAGCAGUAUGUACCAUAGUUUGAGAACCACUCAUCACGACCAACUGAAUUGGGUUGCAAAUUAUUAAUAC